GUCUCACAUUUGUCUCACAUUUGUCUCACAUUUGUCUCACAUUUGUCUCACAUUUGUCUCACAUUUGUCUCACAUUUGUCUCACUUUUGUCUCUCUUCUGUCACGUUUGCUUUGCACUCUUUGCAUUCGCAAGCUAGUUCUGGCGCACGUACGUUCCAUAAGAAGAGGUUUAAAAUUUUGCGUUAAUUGAUCAGAUAAUUUGGAAUCCGCUGAAUUCUCACGCAGAUUUAAACUCGAAUUUAAUUUAGGCAAUUAAUUGAAUUAUUGCCAGCUAACGUUGAGUUCCCAGUCUCAUCAUUAUUCCAUCUAGUUGAUAUGGAGAAAAAUGGAGCAGACAUAAUAUUCCUGCAAGAGAGGAAAACACCUAAAAAGUCUGCAAAACCUGCUGUGCCCAAGAUUAAGAAGAGCAACACUGCAGAAACAGCAACUCCUGCUGCCCCAAAACCCCCCAGGAAAUACACCAAAAGGCCUAAGGCUACCUCUGAUGUCCCUUUGCAAGGGAAAAAGACCAAACUGCCCAAAUCAACCUACAAAUAUCCAAAGAGCAGUCUCGGUCCCUACUUCGCUCCCGAGUCCUACUUCUACAAUGGCUAUCGAAAUGCCUACUUGAACUUCUUGCUGCCGAGCUCCAGCUCGAAUGACAUGCCUGACGUUUACAACGGACGUCUGCGGCGCCCAGUAGAAUUCCCUCCUCUGCCUAUGAGUGGAAACAGGAGUUUGUUGAUGCAGCAGAACUUUGUCCGAGACCUUCCCUUCAAUCCGGGAAACACCUGCGAUUGCCUUUUGCCACCGCCACCUGUUUACUACGCUAAUUACACCCCGAAAGUGACACGUUCCUCCACCUCUGCCAAUGGAAAAGCAUUUUCCUCACAAUACCCGAAAAUAUUUGAAGAGACUGAAGAUUACAAGAAGACUCUCGAAGGUCUGCUGGACCUUGAUGCUGACGGAGGCCACGAGUUGUGGCGCGAGGGAGAGCUCGAAGACAUGCUCUUCCACCACGGACUUGAUUCCAACUCCAAGACAAACCUGACCACUCCGUCAUUUGAGGAAAUGUUUGAGUUGGAAAAUAUUGAAUUGGAGGAUUUCUAAUUUCCUAACAGACCUCUCGAACCUUUACUGAGUUUGAAGUCUAAUAGAAGAGAUUUAUUUUUGCAACGAAGACCAAAAAACCUUGGUUACCUUCAAUGUAUAUAUUUGUAAAGUGUCUUGCAUACUGCAAGAGAAGAGUUCAUAAAAUUGAAGAAUAAAUAGUGCAAAAGUCUUAAAUAAUAAUUAUUUGUUAUCAAAAAAGGUUGAUAUUCCAGGUGAUACUGAAUUACGAUUACCUCUGUUUCAGGAACAAAAUUGUCAAUUGAUUUCUAAUUCCAAUGAAAUAUAAA